CUGCGGUACCCGCAUUUUAAAAUUUCUCAAUCUAUCAUUGAUAGCCUCUUGACUCUAGAGGCAAAAAAAAUUAAGGAUCUUGAAAAUAAUUAGCAACAUCAGGCUUACAACACACAAGGAGAGCUCACCACGGGUCCUGCAAACACAAUCAAAGAAUCCCUUGCUCGUACUUGACUACGUCCGGGUUUCGCUCGCGGAGACGGAGGCAUGGCAUCUACAUCGACGAAGGCAACCGCCACGAAAUCGAUUCUGACACCAUCAAUGACUUUGAAGGGCCAUAAAGACUCGAUUCGAUCUAUAUCCUACUUUCCAGACGGCCAGCGAAUGAUCAGCGGAUCUUAUGAUAAGACCGCUCGACAUUGGGAUCUAAAGGCAGGAAAGGAGAUCGAGGAAGCACGGGGUGUUUGUGAGAAGGAGGUAUGGGCAGUGGCAGUAUCAAGGGAUGGUCGAUUGGUUGUCACCGCUGGUGGAGAUUCGAGUAGUGCGGAGCUGAAAGCUUGUGAGGUUGAGACGGGGAUUGUGAAAACAUUCAAAGGCCACUCGGUUACGAUCAACUGCAUUGAUAUCUCUGUGGACAACACCCUGCUGGCGAGCGGGGAAGAUAAUUUUACAGCACGGAUAUGGAACAUGGACACCGGCAAACUCGUGGCUGGUCCACUUACGAGCAAUGAUUGGGUGGGCGCAAUUCGAUUCUCCACAAAUUCGAAAAAGCUUGCGGUCAAGUCGUUGGUGGGGAAGCACCUUGAAGUCUGGAAUGUCGACACCCAGGAAUUGGAUGUUAAGACAGGCCUGACAUAUGGUGGACAAGAAUUCACGUAUUCGCCGGUACUCUGGACAAACAACAACAAAACCAUCAUAGCCGCAUUCAGCUUCACCACAGAUGACAAUGUCAGGAUAAUCUACGAGUUUGAUGCGUCAACGCUAGACCCUGUCGGAAUUCCUUUUGAAGGGCACACUGAGGUUGUCGACAGUCUAGCACUUUCGUUUGAUGGAGCUCUCCUUGCCAGUGGUUCUUUCGAUGAUACCAUCAAGCUCUGGGAUUGCGAGUCCCGCCAGCUUCUCGCCUCUUUCGACGUUCAGAAUCUCAUUACCCUUGUCCUCUCACCCGAUUCGCGCCAACUAGCUUACGUGACAUGCACCAAAGAUGAUUACAAGAUCUACAUCUGCGAAACUCCACCUGACAUCCUUGCUCAGGCCUGUACCAGUGUACGCAAAAAGUCAGCCUGCAGCCAUUUACCAUCCACUCCCAUCAGUUUCGCCUCACAGUCCGAAUCCUGGACUGACAGACACGCCGGAACCUUUCGCGUACAGCCUACAGACAUGCGACCGCUUCCUGAUAUGCAGCAGUGGCCUGCUGACAUGCAGUCAUCGUCUGAUAAGAUGUGGGGGAAACACUACGAACUGGGAUUCCAGCCACUGGAGACACUGCAUUCUAAUGGAGGCCCUACGGCAGAUCUCCAAAGUACAACAAUAUCGCCUGUCAUAGCUCUUCUUCCUCCACUGCAGAUACCCUCUUCUACAGUAGGUUCACGGCUAUCCCAGUUACGCCACGAACCCCGCGAACUCCUUCCCUCCUCUUCCCAUGCGCAUACAGUCUUAUCCGCUUGUAACGAUGAGCCCCAUGAUCUCCCCCCUGAAGCGGUGCUCCAAAACCUCACAGGAUACAUCACUAAGGACGAAGACUAUCCUACUGCUCGUGGCGGGUUUGGGGAGAUCUGGAAAUGCACCUAUCAUAUAGAUCGGAGAUCGGUCAAAGUCGCAGUGAAAGCGUUUCAGGCGUACACGGCUGAUCAACUUGGUGCAGCGAAGGCGAAAAAGAUCAAGAGGAUAAAGCGUGAACUCAGGAUAUGUGCCAGCCUCGACCAUGCAAAUAUUCUGCGCGUUUUUGGUUAUACGUAUGGCUUCGGCCCAUUUGUAGCAAUAGUCAGUCCUUGGGCGGAGAACGGUAACUUGACCGUCUAUUUGGAGCGCGAAGGUGUGGCUCUUCCUCUCUUAAGAGAAAUUAUAGCUGGCCUGCGAUAUCUUCACGCCAACAGUAUCAUCCAUGGUGACUUCAAUGGGCCUAACGUGCUGAUCCAUGGUGAUGGCACUGCUUGUGUUGCUGACUUCGGUCUUUCGUUGAUGUAUUCCGAGUUUAUAAGCGCCUCUCAAGCUUCCUGGACGUCCACGCUCAAAGGAAACAUGCGAUGGAUGGCUCCUGAAAUGCUUGUCGAGCGGGAGGAUGGCUCUCAAGCUCGGCCAAGCGAGCAAAGUGAUAUGUAUUCAUUCGGCGGUAUCAUGCUGCAGGUCCUCACCAACAAAGUACCCUAUUAUCACCUCACGAAUGAUGCCGCCAUCAUACUUUGCAUAGCAAAGUCGCAAACGCCUGCCCGAUCUCGUUAUGCUGAGGUCCCUGAACAAUACUGGAAAUUUAUCGAACGAUGUUGGUCUACUGCUCCUCAGGACCGUCCCUCGACAGAGCGAGCUGACACUUCUGACGCAACUCGUCGUCCUCCUGCUGGGCGCCGCAGACCACCAAUAUCUGUCAUACAUAUGCUGCCGAGACCUUUGCCCGCAAUAGACCCGCAGCAAACCGUUUUCGUUCGCCUUCGCAAAUUUCUUCCUUUCUCGUCUCGCACAAACGCAGCACACCCUGUUCGGAACGAUCAACUUCGUAAUCCCUUAGAUUUCUCGGCUACAUUGCCCCUACCCCCUCUCUCAGGGCACACCUCAACUCAGGGACGUCCAGAUAUGAAUUCCGGAGAGAGCUCUCAACCACUACCAAUCACUCGAUCGUCUCCCUCACCACCCACCACAUUCACAUCCCGCAUACACCAGCUAUCAUCCUGGUGGCCCGUUCGUGGAGGUAAUGCACAGUCCCGCAACGUCGAUGUCCCUCUCGCGCAGGCUAAAGAGCGCAAUGCUGCAGCGGAUGCUUCGAAAAAAGAUGAAGAUAUAGUACCCUCGACCCUCCCUCACCGAACCCUGAUUCACAACCACCAGUCGCUGCGGUGCAGACUAGCACGGAAGAGCAUGGAGGCGACCGGUCAUGUUUCUGCUUCUAGCAUUGUGCAUUUGACAUUCCCUGUACUUUAA